AUGGUGAGAGACUUCCGCCGCAGGCACCCUGAUAAGUUUGCUGGUCGCCGGGAGGCUCCAUUAGAGGGGGGGUACUUUGUUACGCGGUUGCGUAGCAACGGGAGAUGUCCGACCCGGAAGUUCGCCACUCUGAGUGAUUACGGUUGGCCCCUGCCCUCUGAUCUUUGCCCCAUCUGGAUCUAUCUGGACGUCCUGUUCUCCACAGCAUCCAUCAUGCACCUUUGUGCCAUUUCUCUGGAUAGAUACAUUGCCAUACGCAACCCAAUCCACCACAGCCGCUUCAAUUCUCACACCAAGGCCCGCAUCAAGAUCAUGGCAGUGUGGACCAUUUCAGUGGGGAUCUCAAUGCCGAUUCCUGUGCUGGGUCUCAGAGACCACUCCAAGGUCUUCAAAGAUGGCAGCUGUCUGCUGACAGAUAACAAUUUCGUGCUGGUCGGCUCCUUCGUGGCCUUCUUUAUCCCCCUCACCAUCAUGGUCGUCACCUAUUUCCUGACCAUCAACGCCCUGCAGAACGAAGCCACCCUCUGCUUGGACCAGCUGGUCCCACGGCCCAAAUGGAGCACUACCUUCACUUUGAGCUUCUUUCCACAAACAUCUUUGUCCUCCGAGAAACUCCUCAGGCGAUCGAUAAGCCGUGACGCCACAGGCAGAGGGAGCACCGGCGGGCUGGGUGGUGCCCGCGGGAGCAUAUCUGGCUCUCUCUUUGGGCGCCGCACCAUGCAGUCGAUCAGCAACGAGCAGAAGGCUUCAAAGGUCCUUGGGGUGGUGUUUUUUCUCUUUGUGGUUAUGUGGUGCCCGUUUUUCAUCACCAAUGUGCUGGUGGUGGUGUGUGAACCUGACGUUUGUGACCCGGGAGUCAUGGGAGGUCUGCUGAAUGUUUUCGUCUGGGUAGGCUACUUGUCCUCUGCAGUCAACCCACUGGUCUACACGUUAUUCAAUAAGACGUACCGCGCCGCGUUUCUGCGAUACGUUCGCUGCCAGUACCAGCCAGAGAAGAAACCUCUUCAGCUUAUACUGGUGAACACCAUCCCCCCACUGGCUUACAGCUCCACCCAGCUACCUUUGGGAGACAUCGGGAAGUUAGGAAAUGGAGUGGCGCAUUGUAGCAGUGGAGCAAAAGAGUUCUCUUCUCCUGGGCAGGAGAUGAAAAAAUCCAGGCAGAACAAAAGCCAGGGAGACAAAGACGAGAGCUGUGUGUAAGAAACUGAAACAAAAUCCUGGUUAAAGGCCAAUCCAGUGCAAGCAAUUUCAGUUUCCCCCCUCUGUGGUUACAGUGUAGGGUCUGAGAUUUUAAGUGCCAAAGACAAUGUGCCUCAAAGUCAGGGGUUCAGAAAUACAGAGGUCACUGAAAAAGCAGAAGAAGCCUUUAAAUGCUCAACAUUUCCACAACAGUUUCCUCAGAUUCACACAGCUUCAUCAACAGAUCAGGUGAACAAGGUCUGUGAUUGCUCCUCAAAAAUGUUGUAAACAAGCAUGUGCAUCACAGAUCAUCAUCCCCAUCUUCAGGCUCGCUGCUCUUUCAGAAUCUUUUGUACACUGCCGCAAAAGACAAAAUUACUCUUGACAAACAUAUCAAUUAAUUUUUUUUCACCAAACAAUCUUUGAACGUUAUCUUCCAGUCUGAGAGCCAAAUCAGAGAGAUGAAAAGACGGUACCGUCCGUGUGGAUGAUGUGAAACACAGUUGGGCACAUCCCAACAAAACAGUUCUAUUUUGUUACAACACUUUGGACAACAAGGGUGAAAAAGUCAGACAUUGUUCACAUAACUACAUUUUCCAUGGAUGCUCAGCUGCUCUAACCUCAGCUGCCCCUUCAUUUUGCCAGCUCCCUGGCAUCAGUCAUGUGGUGUCUACCUUCUAUCAUACCUUUGGGUGGAUCAGUGGGGAUUAGACUGGAUUUCCUGCCACCUUAUCAGAUGAUAGUGUUGGGAGGAGGAAGAACCAGGACGAGCCUAAAUACACCAGAACUCCAGACACUUGCAGAGGUCAGAUGAAGCUGUCAAAAGGGGAUGAAAAAAAAACUUCUGCUGCUUCUGUAUUUUAUGUUGAAAACAACAAAAGGAAGAACAUGUCUGAGGCAGACAUUCAGUAAUUAGAGAGAAUCCAUAAAUGAAUCUAUAUUUGUAUUUUGUGCACAUUUGUGAAUAAAUGUAUAUGACUGUUGAGGUUAAAUAGAUUUUAUAUGCAAAUGAGAGGAUGAUUACUGAAGCUGACAUGGUGCAGGAUGAGUACAGCAGAGUAGGAGACAUUUGAUUGGCAGGAAAAAGUGUAUUUAAGUGCAGUUGUAUCCACUGUAAAGGUCAUAGUUUAUAUUAUGUUCAAGCCAAACUAUCCGUGCACACUGGCAUUUUUAUGAUGACAUUUCCAAAAAAAAAAAUGCUUAUAUACUAUCUAGUGUGUUUUGUUUUUUACUGUUUUUGCUAAUAUGAGGAGAAGGAUGUGAAAGGAGGAAAGUAGCUGGAACAGUGCAUGAAGGUGAGCUUGCACCAUGGAUUUAUUGCCAGGAAAUAUUUGGAGCGGCGUUUCAGACUCAGUCUCAGUGCCUGACACUUGCAUGGGCUUGGUCUAAAAUUGUAAAAAAUCACUGUCUGCACUAUGAAUGCACACACCAACCUUGUCUCACCCUUAACUCAUCACAUAGUGAUGUUUGGUCUGGACCACAUGGAUUCCGAUUUUGACACCCUGGAUAUCCCUUUAAUGUUGCUUUUGCAAAGUGCCACCUGGUACGGUUUACCCGGAGUCCAUCAAUGUAUGGAUCAGGCAAUAAUGAGCCUGAAGGUAAAAGUAAUCCUGUGGUGUUUAGUCCAUUUAAAUCCAACUGAAAAUGAAGAUAAGAUGGUGCACCCACUAUUAGAAUUAGAGUAGAAGAAGUUUCUGACCAAGCAUCACUAUGUAAGGAGUAAGGAAUCAGUUUAAGGUGCCCUGUGGAGUUGUGUUUAAAACAAACACCAGUUAUGUUCAGCAGUUCUUACCAAACCCACUCUGUUUAUGAGCUUGUUUCAAAGAGGCCAGAAUGACACAGUAUUAGCAGAACCCAACUUUUCAGUUAGUGCAGGUCCCAAUGAGCCUCAGCAGCAGUCACUGUGAGAGCUAAAUAAUUUCACCUACUGGUUAAAAACCUAGAAUAUGGGAACUCCCACUGAUAGCACGACCAUCAGUGUCGUAUUACAUAGUUAUGUAUUACUUUACCAUGAGCCAAAAUCUUUGCAGGGUACCUUUAAGUAAGUCACUGUCUUUUAAUACUGCACCCAAUAUCCCACCAAAAGUCACUAACCAGGUGUAAGGAAAGGACAAAAGGAAAGUAAAUAAAUGGAAUUCGCAUGAUAAGGUGGGGCCAGGUUUCACUAUGAGCUCACCCGAAACCCU